CAUGUGACUCUGGCGGUUUCCAUCGAGAGCCUUUUGUUUACCUGGGCUCUUGGUGCCCGAGGCAUUGCCAAGGUCUCUGCUGGAGGCCCAAGCGGGGCGUGAAGCCAGCCCUGCCAGGGAAGACAGGUUUAGGGGUGGUUCGGGUAGCAGCAUGUAAAGCAAUAAAGUGAUGUUGCAGUGGCAUUUGCUUGGGACCAGUGACAGCACCUGGCUCAGUGCUGUGGCAGGGGGGAAUACAAAAGGGUAAUGUGGGGAGCGUGUUGCCUCCCAAGCUGGGAAGGGGGCUCAGCUCUCCCUGUGCCCGCAGAGAGGGCACAGACGCUUCUUGGCAGACAUUAGGAGUGCUUGGUGAGGAGAGGGUCCCUUGGGAGCUGCCCAGUUGCUUCUUCAGUAUCCCUGCCCGAUGCAGGGCGCUGGGUGAGCCGAACAUCCAGCCUUAGCAGAAGGGGCCAUUCUGAGUUUGUGUGAUCCUCUGCAGCCACAGUGUGUGGAGUGAAGGAGCCUGGUGUGGGGAGUGGGGCUUUUCUUUGUCUUAACUCAUCUGCUGGCCUUGAAGCAAGCAUCCCAGCCCAUAAAUGGGGUAGCAAGAUCUGGGAUGGCGGGGGCAUUAGUUCAAAGCAGUGAGGAGACAGCUGCUGGUGUGGGGCAGUGAGGAGUUCAUCUGGAGCCUCUCUAGGCCUUGUGUUCAGGGUAUUUGGCACGUGGAAAUACAGAAGAAGGUGUUUUGUCCUGUUUGAAAACAGUUUACGGCUCUGUGUGCAUGUGUUUGUAGGGGAGCAGAGGGUGUGGAUUCCUUGCCGCACGAGGCUGGAUGCGCUCUCUGUGCCUUCACUUCUCCAUCUGCACUGUGCUUCCAGAGCCCCUUCUUUCUGCUCAAGCAUGAAGAGCACCCGCAGCAGCUCCUCCUUCCAGGGUGCUGGUUCUGGGAGCGUGGAUCUAAGCUUGACUGGCCUCCCCGUGCCGGUCUUGCGGCGUCCCAGCAGUGCCUCUCCUGCCAAGCACAUGGUGCGCUCUGUCUCGGUCACCACUGAUGGCAAACCAAAGAGGAACACUCUGGGGGAUGCGGGAUCCCGGGCAAUGAACAACCUCCGGAGGUCCAACAGCACCACGCAGGUUAACCAGCGGGUGAACAGCACGUGCAGCUCAGACCAGACGGGAGACUUCCUGAGCUUCUUUGAGAGUGGUUCGGGGGGAAGAAAGAAAUUGGCGAGUCUGAGCAAAACCUCCCCAGAAAAGAAAACCACAUGGAACAUCUUGGACGAUCAGCCGCGAGCGUUCCCGGGCUUCCGCAGCGGUGAGCCACCAGCAGGCAUGAGGAGGAAAGAAGCCACCGUGCUCCUGGCAGCCAACUUCACUGCCAACAACAGGAGCAACAAGGGUGCAAUGGGCAACUGUGUCACCACCAUGGUGCACAACAACUACUCCACCACGGAGAAGGGCCCUGCACCCAAGAGCUCCAACCAGGCACCCAGCUCCCUCAACAAUGUUGUCAAAGCGACCUCAAAUGAGGAUGGUGAAAGCAGCAGCUUUGCGAAGUCUCAGAAGAAUUUCUCCAGCAACAACAUCAUGACCCACAACAACAACAGCAGCCUGCCCCAGAGGAAGGAGGUGACCGAGGAGGAGGCAGAGAGGUUCAUCCAGCAGGUGAACCUGGCCGCUGUGACCAUCCAGCGCUGGUACCGACGCCAUUCACAACGGCACAGGGCGGCGGCAGCAGCUCUGGGGCGCUUGCUGGCUGCCAAAAGGGAGGAAAGACAGCAGCAGAUGGAGGAAGGGAAUAUCCUGGAUCUGCAGGAGAGGAAGGAUGAGGAACGCUGGAAGAUCCGAGAGGAGAAGGCGCGUCUGGCCCGCCGUGCUGCCAUCCAGGAACUGCACCAGAAAAGGGCCCAAAAGGCUUCAGACACAAAGCGCUUGGCAGAAGAGCUUGUGCUGGUGAAGGGGAGCAGAAGGGUAGCAAAGAAGAAGCCUGCCAAACCUGCUUCUGCAAGAAGCAUCAGUCCAGCCAGCAGUGUCACCAAAGCCAAUAAUGCUGAGGCCAACUUCCAUUCCGUGCCUGCAGAACCAGAAGAAAGCGACCUCGCAGACCUUGGCUCUGUGCCCUUGCGGGACCCUGGCGUAGAGGACAAGCUGCAGGAUGUGAGCUCCAGAGAAACGGGUGGUGAGGAUCUGGAGUCGGUGGUGAUGGCUGUCAGCAGGGCUCAGUCCAAGGUCACUCUCAAUGAGCUGCUGGACACACUCAGGCUGUUGGAGGAAGAACCAGAGCUACUGCCCCCACCAAAGCUCCUCCAGAAGGACAGAUAUGCCUGGAUAGAUGGGCAGGAGCCCAGCUCCAAUUCCCUGACUACUGAUAACUUGGAGAAGUUUGGGAAGCUGAACCACUCCCCGGGGGUCCCUGAGGAUGGGUCCCUGCUCUCAGAGGCCAAGCUCCAAAGCAUCAUCAGUUUCCUGGAUGAGAUGGAGAAGUCGGAACAGGAGAGACCCAGGUCGGCCGCCUCAGCCACACAGCGGGAGGGUCUCCUGGAAGAGGAGCUGGCUCACUGGGAGCAGGCGUCGGCUGUUGCCACGGAGGUCACGAGCUCCAUCGUGAGGCUGAAGCUGGAAGUGAAGGAGAAGCAGCAAGCCAUCGGGCUGCUUCAGACCGCCCUGGCUCAGCAGAGGGAACUGACUGACCGACACGUCAAACAGACCGAGAAGGAGCUUGGCCACCAGCUCAGGCUGCAGAGGGAACAGUAUGAGGCAGCUAUCCAGAGGCAUCUGGCCUUCAUCGACCAGCUCAUUGAUGAUAAGAAGGUGCUGAGUGAGAAGUGCGAGGCUGUGGUAGCUGAGCUGAAACAAGUGGACCAGAAGUACGGCAAAAAGGUCACCCAGAUGCAGGAGCAGCAUGAGCUGGUCUGGCGCACUUUGGGCCCCUUUUGCGAGGAGAUUAAGAAACUGAAGGAAUUGAUGAGUGCAGCUGAGAAAAUCAGGCGGGAGAAGUGGAUUGAUGAGAAAACCAAAAAGAUCAAAGAAAUCACCGUGAAAGGGCUGGAGCCAGAGAUCCAGAAGCUCAUCGCCAAGCACAGGCAGGACAUCAGAAAGCUGAAGAUGCUGCACGAGGCCGAGCUGUUGCAGUCGGAUGAGCGGGCUGCCCAGCGCUACAGCCAGCAGGCAGAGGAGCUGCGGGGCCUGCUGGAGCGGGAGAAGGAGGAGCAGAGCCAGCGGGAGAGGGAGCGGGCCCGGCAGCGGUGUGAGCAGCAGCUGGAGCAGGAGGAGCAGGCGCUGCAGCAGCAGCGGCACCGGCUCUAUGCGGAGGUGGCCGAGGAGAAGGAGCGGCUCAGUCAGCAAGCAGCCAGGCAGAGAGCAGAGGCGGAGGAGCUGCGGCAGCAGCUGGAGGCAAGCAGCAAGGCCAUCACCAGGGCACUGAAGGAGGAGUACGCCAAGGAGAAGGAGGAGCAGGAGAGGCGGCAUCAGGCAGAAGUGAAGGUGCUGAAGGACCAGCUGGAGAUCGAGAAGCAGGCCUGGGAGGCCAACUACAUAAAGAAGGAGGAAGCCUGGCUGCUCUCCCGGGAACGGGAGCUGCGGGAGGAGGUGAGGAAGGAGAGAGACAAAGAGAUCGAGCUGGUGAUCCAGCGCCUGGAGGCUGACAUGUCCUCAGCCAAGGAGGAGUGCGAGAGGGCAGCUGAGAACAGGAUUAAGAGGAUCCGAGACAAGUACGAGGUAGAGCUCCAGGAGCUGGAGAGGUCUGAGCGGAAGCUGCAGGAACGCUGCAGUGAGCUGAAGGGGCGGCUGGCAGAGCUGGAAGGGGAGAGCAUCCGUCUGCAGGGCCUGCUGAAGCACAAGGAGCAGGAGGUGGAGGAGAUCCAGAAGGUGAGGGACCAGCUGGCCCAGGAGCGGAGCAGCCUAGCAGAAGUGAUCCGGCAGGAAUUUGUGGACCGGCUGGUGGGGACAGAGGAGGAGAACAAGCGGCUGAAGGCAGAGAUGGCGGAGAUGAGAGCCCGGCAGCGCCUGGAGCUGGACAGGGUAGUGCGGGAGAAGGACAAGGAGCUGGAGGACAUUCACAGGAGGGUGAAGACGGCGGUCGUGAGGAAGGAGGAGAGCGUGAGCAGCCUUCGGAAGCAGUACGAGGCAGCCGUGCAGAGAGCCAACCGCCUGGAAGCGCUCCUGGAGCAACAGCGAAAGCAGCUGCUGGCCACCAAAUGACCACCCUGCCGUGCAGGGCUGGGGGUGCUCCGGGGCACCCGUGGGACCCGCGGGCCGGGGGAGCAGACACUCCUGUGUGUGGGGCUGGGGCUGGGCUCUUCCUUCCCUCCUUCCACCCUUGUUUUUCGCAGCCUGGUCCCAGUGCCGCCACCGUGAGCCCCGCCGGGGCAGCCGGCAGCCUUCAGCUGUUCGGUGGUUGUCUUUUAGCAGUAAAUCUGCAUUGGUUUCUA